AUGGGAACAAAUUCACUUACCCAGGAUAUUUUGCCAGGUAGCACGCUGGCGAAGCCUAACAUAAAGACUGGGGAAAACCUACGGACGCAAGAGCGGUGGGGACACGGCGUAGGAUGGAGGAAGCUCACGGAACGUGGAAGACUGAGAGUUGUGCCAAGCCCCAACGGUUACCUAGCGGUUGAUGGGUGUACGGCCGGCUUCUGCAUUGCCAGCUACGAAGGCACCAAAGAAGAACAGGUUGUGCUGCAAGGCGGAGUCUACACAGUGGAAACAGUAUUUAAAGUUUCGCCGGGCGGUGCAUUUGACGGCCAAGCAGUCUGUAUUCUGCUUGACAUGGCUAAGGUUGCAGAAGGAGUAGACCACUUGUAUCCUCACGCGUGGAUUCGCGUUGCCGUGCACUACGCCUCUGACUCCAUAAGGAUAGAAGACGACGUCGUAGUCUCUGAGGAACACGCUGACGACCUUGUACAGCUCAUAGAGAACGAGCUUCUGUGGCCCACUCCAGAUAUCAGUUUUGAAGAUAUCGUAGCCCUUUCGUCUGCGAAGGACGCUUUGCGGGAAACGGUCUUGUUGCCCCUACAAAUGCCCAAUGUUCUCACUGGCCUCCUGGAACCACCUAAAGGACUAAUGCUUUUUGGUCCCCCUGGGACAGGCAAAACCAUGCUGGCUAACGCUGUAGCGUCGACACCUGGAAUUAGCUUAUUUCGCUGUUCGCCGGCAACGCUUACGUCGAAGUGGCGUGGAGAAUCGGAGAAGCUGUUACGCGCCCUAUUCACAGUGGCACGUGCACGCGCUCCAAGUGUUUUGUUCUUCGACGAGGCCGACGCACUCUGCAGCAAGCGAGGAGGCCAAGAUGAGCACGAAGCCUCGAAAAGAUUCAAGGCUGAGCUACUACAGCAGAUAGACAAUCUCCACCAAGAAAGACGAAAUUCCACCUGCAUUCAAAGCUCAGAAGCGUCAACGUUGCUCGGCAGCCCAAAGAUGCGCAGAUCACCCCAUGUCGUCGUCAUUGCCGCUACGAAUGCUCCAUGGAACUUAACAUGCGUGCAGUUGGACGCCAACGUGGAUCUUGAGGAAGUGGCUCGGCGCACUGACGGUUUCUCCUGCGCUGACCUCCGCAGUCUGUGCCGAGAAGCUGCCAUGCAGCCUGUUCGUCGUCUGCUGAGAGGACUAUCUCCCAAAGCUACUCAGGAAGUACUAGAAUGCAACAUUGGUAAACAAUCAAUAGGAACAGCAGAAUUCGACUCAGCCCUCCAAAAUACACGACCUUCAGUAAGCCAAGAUGCUAUGAUUCAAUUUAUCGAGUGGGACAAAGCGUUUGGCUCAAGCAUCGUGCCAAAGCCUUAUUGCAACUGUAUUCAGGCGGGAGAUUAG